AUGAAUGGUUAUUCAAAGAUUGGUACCACUACUACCAGUACUAGCCAGAAAUCAAGAUCUAUAGAUUUUUCUCAAACACCUAAACCAAUCAAGAUUAGCAACACUACUCUUGAAGCAAUUAAUGAUAGCGAGGUCAUCAAUGAAGGAGAGAGAUUUGGAGUGAUACUAGGCAGGAGCUGUUCAGUUUCUUCUUCUUCUUCUUGUUCUGCAUCUGGGUUUCAGGCAACAAUGAAGAGAGCAUUUUCAAUAAGAAAAUCUUCUUCAUCAGUUUCAGAGAGGUACUGUAGGAUCCAUGAUCAGAAUAUGGUAACAGAAGCAUCAGAUGAGUUAGUCAUCAUAGAUGAUGCAACCAAGAAGAAGAAAAACAAGAGAGGAGGCAAGAUCCUUAAAGUCUGUAAGCGUUUCUUUGGAUUCUAG